GUGUGUGUGUGUGUGUGUGUGUGUGUGUGUGUGUGUGUGUGUGUGUGUGUGUGUGUGUGUGUGUGUGUGUGUGUGUGUGUGUGUGUGUGUGUGUGUGUGUGUGUGUGUGUGUGUGUGUGUGUGUGUGUGUUCUGGUAAUCAUCACGCGAUGGGGACCGUUGACUGUUUACACAGUCACGUCAUGGGGACCGGUUGCGCUUUGGGGACCAAAAUCCCGGUCCCCAUGAGGAUAACCCUUUUAAAUGACUACUAGAGCUACUCUGAAGGUGCCCGUGAAGUUUUAAGCAUUGGCCCAUACGACAUGUUUUUUGGAAUGAUUCAAGCAGCGAGGACAUUUUCAGCAUCAAGAGGUAGCUAUCAACAGUAAAAGAAGAUUAUUUGCUGGAGAAACUAGCUAAGAAGAUAAGAACAUGUGCAGAGGAGCAAAAGUAAAGCAUAAGAAAUGCCACCACGGAUCAGCAAUUCAACAUGAUACACAUCUGCAAAUUAGAGGUCCAGUAUAUUUAUGCAGCAAAAGUAUUGAUGCCUUCAGAGAAGAUGGCUCAAUUGAUGUUAAUGGAGAACCCCACCUUUGUUUAUUUGCCCUGGAUGACAUCAAAGAAGGAGAAGAAAUCGCCUAUAACUAUGGAGGUGAAGACUGCCCAUGGCAAACACAGGUUUUUGCGAUGACCACUGGUUAUGUAACAGCUCUUGGAGGGCUGUCCCAAUUAGAUGGGGAAGAUUUCAACCUCUGUUUCAAGGGGCAAGAAUACCCUCGAAAACAAGGGACGACCAGCAUCACUGUUAACACCAUGGAGGAGGAUGAUUCAGAUCCUGUCCACUCAGAGAGUCUGAUGGCUUGUGCCUUUGGGCCAAAGAUCACACCUGAAGAGAUGAAAGACACAGAUCUGGAAGAUUCUGAACUAUUUGAUUCGUCAUCAGAGAGUGCAGAUGAUCACGUACCAGAUACCAUCUCCGAAAGUGACAGUGACAGUGAUGCUUCAGUUCAACUAAACUUUAAGAACACUUUUCUGCCUCUUAAUGAUCCUGAUAGCUCAAUGGGCCCCACUGUCUGCGAUUAUACAACACCAGACAACAUGAUUUUGGAUGUUCAAAACAUUACACCUGAAGCCCCCAGAGCAGUAGAAGAACCCCGGUCAAGUCAGACUAUAAAGGACAUCGUUAGAUAGCAGUCAUAAAAAAAAGGCCAGAUCAGAGACUGUUGUCAGUGUUGCCAACUUAAGAUGUUGCCACCAAUACUUUGUCAUUUCAGACCUUUGCGGCAUAACUGUUGCUGCCCCCAUUUAAUGUAGUUUUAUCUGUAUAUUCAUGCCUGCAAUAAUCAGAUAAAGGGUUGUUUGGCUGAUUCUAGAGUAUAUUAGGUGCUUAAAGUAGGACUCAUAACAGUUACAGUUUUAAUAGUAUAAACAUACAAACAACAACUAGUCCCUAUACCAAACACCUGUCCUACGUCCUCACAAUUCCAUAGUUAGUUAGAUUAAUGAGUGAAUCAGUACAUUGUAUUUAUUUAUCCAACAGAUCCAACAUUUUAUAAAUACAGUUUUUUCUUCAUGACAAUUUUGAGAAAUUUAUGUCAGUGAAUGUGAGUCCAUGUCAUUGAUCAGAAUGAACAGUUUAUUUGUUAAUAUAACACAGCAUGUUCAGCUUAUAAGAAAAUGGCAUCAAA